UCAUCAGCUUUAGUUCUGUUCCGAGAUUCUCUGUGAUGGGUCGACUUCCGCUGUGCCUUCUGAUUUUGGUGGGGGCGAUUUGUUUUGGCCACGGCUACGAGGUGCCUGAGGCUCAGGUGCGCGUGUUCUAUCCCAAGGGAUUCGAGGUCUCUAUUCCGGAUGCGGAGGGUAUUUCACUGUUCGCCUUUCAUGGCAAACUGAACGAGGAGUUCGAUGGACUGGAGGCUGGUCAAUGGGCACGGGACAUCCCAACAGCCAAGCGAGGACGCUGGACGUUUCGUGAUCGAGAAACGAAGCUCAACCAGGGCGAUACCUUGUACUUCUGGACCUUCGUGGUGUACAAUGGACUAGGCUAUCGCCAGGAUGAAGGAGCACAUGUGGUUACCAGCUAUGACAACCAAAGGAGCUAAAGUAACAUUUCAAACAAAGAAGCAAUAAACAUUUUAAGCUGAGCUUAAAGCUUGCACAUAUA